AUGUUGGAAUCGCAGCUGGCGCUUCUGCGGGAGCAGCUGGACGUCGAGAGAAAACGUCGACUUGAACUGCAGCAUCGUGGGCGAUCCAAACCAGCGGAGCGACAGUAUGGACGAGCUGCGGAUUUCCGCAUGAGCAGAAAGACACUUCAGCGGCAGAAAAGCCCGUUUCGGGUUCAUCGUGCGGUCUCUUGCGAGAUGUACCAACGCUCGUAUCGGUACGAGGCGUCACUUUCUUCGAUCUCAACCUGCUCGUACCUCACGAAUGACACCUCGACUAGUGUAGAGACCACCACGAUCGUGUAAGGGGGCGCUUACAACGAUUCUAGCCUCCCCCAGCUGUGCAAUCAUCAGUCCGGAACUAGUCAUUUUCUCUUCAUUUGUAGUUGUUUACACACUUGUAUCUGAUGUGCCUUUCGUUUGUUGUGUGAACCCCACCCUGUAGAGCUCAUUUUUCGUUUGAGAAUACUGCAAAUAGCCUUGCAUGGUGCAUACAUACGUGUGAUUAUAUAGUGAUAAUCUGAACUCUU